AUGCAUCUUCCAUAUACGAGUUAUGUAUGACGCUUCUAUCGUAAGGAGGAAGUUCGCUAACUUGUGUGCACUCGACAGUCGACGCUGCAACGCUGCACUUGUUGCACUGGAGUGAGCGGCAGGACGCGAUGCAAUAGUAUAAAUUUGUAAAGGCUGGUGCGGGCCGAAGUCAAUGCAGCUUCAGCACUGGCUGGCGCUCUCGGCCCUGUUUCUGCUGCUGGUCAGCCAACUCUCGACCGGCCUAGGCGGGCGGUCGUUGGCGUCCGCGUCCGCGUCCCAAAAUGGGACGGCACCCAUUAAGCAGCUAAACCUAGAGCCGCUUACCGAGAAUUCUGCGGUGGAAUCCCGUUGCGCGCGAACAACGGGCCCCUGGUGCUAUAACUUCCACACGCAGACGCCGGUGCCCUGGCGCCCCGCGCCCCGCGGCUCCGUGGACUGUCCGGGCAACUGCAACAACGUGGGCGUGUGCAACCAUGACACCGGCUACUGCCAUUGCCGGGCCGGGUGGAUCGGCGAGGGCUGCACGACGCGGCGCACGCGGCCGUGCACCAACCACAUCAGGACGCCAGAGUCAGAAAGCACCGAGCCGCUCUCCUACAUCGGACCGGACAAGCGGGACCUGAACUGGACGGAACUGGGCUUCCGGGCAUCGCGCUGCUUUGGCGUCUGUGAUGACGAUUUGGGUGCGUGCUACUGCGAUGGGCCCAUGGGCCGUGUGCCCGCACCCGCCGAUGCGCCACCUGGGACCCCGCCCAUUCGCCGCGGCCGUCCGCUGACCCACGCGCACGACCAACCAAAGACGACGUGGGAUGGCCGGCCCACCAUUGGCACAACAGACUACAACAAAAUGUACGGCCCUAAGGGUUACUGCAAUGUAUCGGAGCCGGACUGGGCGCCGAGCAUGUGCAGCCCAGACGACCUUGGCGGCAAGUUUUGUGAUGACCCCGUUGAGGCUUUCUGCCCAGGCGCGUGCAGCGGGCACGGCUUUUGCGAUCUGGGCUUCUGCCGAUGCAAUGAAGGUUAUUACGGUCAUGACUGCGCGAGGCGAAAAGCCGGGUUGCCGCUGCAGCCCAGCGACAUUGAGCAACGCCCCUGGCUCUCCUUCCACGUCCGGGAGCCGCCGGCAGCACUGGAGCCACCGCCAAAGCCAACGCGGAAGCGGCCGCUCAUCUACGUGUACGACCUGGACCCGCUCUACAACGCACGCCUGCUGCAAUACAGGAUCGUGCAGACCUGGUGCACCCACCGGCACUACCACACCGGCAACACCAGCACUUGGUCCGCCACCUUCUACGGGCUGGAGGCGGCGCUGCACGAGUACCUGCUCAUCAGCGAGCACCGCACCUUUGACCCGGAAGAGGCGGACUACUUUUACGUGCCGUUCUACGGCGCCUGCAUGAUCUACCCAGUGGCCGGAUGGGCCGACUACCCAUGGUUCUGGACGCCAGGAGGGCCCCGUGUCAUGCAAGUCAUCAACAUGAUCCGCGAGAUUGUGGAAUGGAUAGACAAGCAGUACCCGUUCUGGAAGCGGCGGGGCGGUCGCGACCACAUCUGGCUGUUCACACACGAUGAGGGAGCUUGCUGGGCCCCCUCAGUCAUCAAGGACUCGGUGUGGCUGACGCACUGGGGACGAUUAGACCCGGAACACACGAGCAACACGGCCUUCGUGGGCGAUAACUACACACACGACAUGGUAAACUGGAGGCAGCCGGAGGGGUACAUCAAGUACAUCAAGGGCCAUCCCUGCUACGACCCGCAGAAGGACCUGGUUGUGCCCAACUUCAAGAGCCCACCGCACUACGUGCGGAGCCCGCUGCAGUCGACUCCAUCCAAGCCCCGGGACAUUUUCUUCUUCUUCAAAGGAGAUGUUGGCAAGCACCGGUUGUCGCACUACAGCCGUGGCAUCCGCCAGAAGAUCUACAAGAUGGCGAUGGAGCAGGACUGGGCCAACACACAGAAGUCUCUCAUCGGUGACGGUGGCAACGUGCACGGCGACUACUCCGACCUGCUGUCGCGCUCACUGUUCUGUCUGGUGGCACCAGGUGACGGCUGGUCGCCGCGAUUGGAGGACGCCGUGCUCCACGGCUGCAUCCCAGUCAUCAUCGCCGAUCGCGUACACGCCGUGUUUGAGUCGGUGCUGGACAUUGACUCGUUCGCUGUCCGGGUGGCGGAGGCGGACGUGCCGCGAGUCAUGGACAUCUUGCGGGCUGUGUCCGAUAUCAAGAUUCGCCUGAAGCAGUCACGGCUGGGGCAGGUCUGGCACCGGUACCGCUACGGCGCGUUGCCUGGGCUGCGGUCCGACCUGCUCGAGAACAUGGAGCUUAACGAACGCGAGCCGCUGCUGGCGGAGGCCGCCAACAACACGCCGCGAUGGAAGGUGUCGCUGCCGCGGCCCUUCAAAGGCGACCCGGGCGUGGAUGACGCCUUUGGCACCAUCAUCCAAUGGCUGCACUCGCGCAUAGGCUACACGCGCGGCUGAGGGUAGCUGGCGGGUGCGGUUGCGGGCUUGGGGAUUGCUAUCGCUUGGGCAUUAACCUAGCUAGGAGAUGGACCGCUGUGGUUGGCGUAGCUACGGUGAGCGUAGCUAUAGUGUAGCUAAGCGGCAGCAAGGAGUGCGUAGGGAAUUAGGCAGGCAGGCGCUAGGCUGUGACACGGAAGCUGCCGGGGAUUGGUUUGCUGCAAGAGUUUACGUGUGGGACGAUAGCCGUGGACCUAGCGUAUCGGGUACGGUAAUGGUCAAGCACGUCAGUUACGCCCCAGACACUCGUAGGCUGGGUUACGGUGGGCGACGGUGGCAGGCUACAGCAGUGGUUGUGGGUAGCGCGUUGUUGGAAGCAGACAAAGGCACGUAGAGCGUGCGCAGGGGUAAGAGUGGAGUGCUGCGAGGAUUAGAGAGUUGCUUGGCGAAUGUGUGGACAGGUCACGGCACGUGGCCGUGGAAAGCGCCGUCUGGCAGUGGGUUUGGGGCGCGGCGCUGAACGGGUGGGGGGUCCCACGGGGGGGCCUGAGGACCCCGGUUCACCCCGAGACCAGGAGAAGAUGAAAGGCCGCGAACAUGUAAGGGACAUGUACU